AUGGCUCGCAUCGUCGUCGUCGGCUCUGGGGUUGUCGGCCAAGCAACCGGUAAGGGCUUCGCGGAAAAGGGGCACGCGGUUCGCUUCGUCGACAUCGAUCCUGCCACGAUCGAGAAGCUCCGUAGCGCCGGUCUGGUGGCCAUGACGGCGUCCGAGGUCGACUGGGACGACGUCGACAUCGUGAUGCUGGCGGUCCUGACGCCGACAGUUGACGGCCGCGUCGUGCUCGACUACAUCGAAGCCGCCGCGCUCGACGUCGGCCGUGGCCUCGCGACAACAGACAACUUCGUGACGGUGGUGGUGCGCAGCACCGUUCCCCCGACGACGACGGAGAAGCACAUCGCGCCCAUCCUCGAGCGCGCCUCUGGCAAGCAGCUCAGCCUGGGGUUCGGCCUGGCCAUGAACCCCGAGUUCCUGCGCGCCGCCAGCAACGAACAGGACUUCGCGCGGCCGUGGAUCACCGUCGUCGGCGCCAACGACGCGCGCACGGCGGCGACGAUGGACGAGCUGUACCGGCCGUUCGGCGCCGCGGUCGUCCACUGCACGCCGACCGAGGCCGAGAUGAUCAAGUACGUCAACAACGUCUACAACGCGGUCAAGAUCAGCUACUUCAACGAGGUGCACGCCAUCUGCGCCAAGGUCGGCCUCGACGGCCACCUCGUCGGCGCCGCCGUGUCCCGCAGCGCCGAGGGCAUGUGGAACCCUCUCUACGGCACCCGCGGCGGCGUGCCGUACGGCGGCGCGUGCCUGCCCAAGGACACGGAGGCGUUUCUGCAGUUCGCGCGCGGGCUGGGCGUGGGCCACCUGAUGCUCGAGUCGACGAUCGAGGUCAACCGCAGGCUCGAGUCGAGCGUCCCGGCCGUCCCGUCGCCCGACAAGAUCGACGCCGUGCUCGACGCGGUACGCCGGCGCGGUGGCGCGCUCGAGGAGCCGGAGGAGCUGCUGUUAGAAGUGGGCAAGUUGACGCCGACUAUUCUGUGA